GAGGCAGAAUCCCAUGCAGGUAUUGUGGGUUCCGCAGAGCACAAUACAAGUAGGUUUCGCGGGGUCGGAAGCUACGAUAUUUCUUUUCCUUUUUUUCUUUCUCAGAUAUGAUAGGGUUUGGUCGCACAUAAUUAAGUGUGCUUUGUGGAGAUCUCAUUUCGGGACUGCUCUCUCUUCUUUCGGCAGAAUCUUUUAUCAAUUUCUGGGUCCUUAGCUAGCGGAAAAGCGGGGAACUAAUCUUAGUUGGGUUAAGUUGGUAACGCCCUCUUACUAUGUACGCCCUUUUUUUUUUCUUUUCCUUUUCUCUCGCCCUCCAACCCUCACGGCAAGGUUUGCUCACCAGAACUUCACCUCCCCCUCACCCACUUCCUCACUCCCUCACUACCUUCAAAACUUCAACAACUCCUUUCCAUCCUUUCUCCAACACCCCCCGAAGAUCCUUCGGACGCUCAGUUUGACAAUUGCUACCGAAUAUUCCGACCAACAAACAUUUUUACUAAUCUUCACCAUCCACAGCCAAAAUGGAUUUCGGUUCCGGAAAUAAUGCUAGAGCCUGUUACAAUUGCGGCGAGGGAGGUCACCAGGCCCGUGAGUGCCCAAAACGUGGAACUCCUGUUUGCUAUAACUGUGGGCGUAUGUUCUUUCCACGUCGUGACUGCACAGGCCCAGCCAAGGAGAAAUCUUGCUACCGUUGUGGCCAAACCGGUCAUUUGUCUCGUGAUUGCAACGAUGCCCCCCAACAAGUUGGUUCCUUCGGUGGUGGUAGCUACGGCAGCGGCGGUGGUGCCGAAUGCUACAAGUGUGGCAAGGUAGGACAUAUCGCCCGUCAGUGUACUGCCAGCGGCGCGGGUUAUGGUGGCCCCCCGGGUGGUGGCGCAAGACAACAAACUUGCUACUCUUGCGGUGGAUACGGUCACUUGAGUCGUGACUGCACUCAAGGACAAAAGUGCUACAACUGUGGCCAGAUUGGCCAUCUGUCCCGUGAUUGUCCCAGUGAACAGGACAGAGUUUGCUACAAAUGCAAGCAACCAGGACACGUCAUGGCAUCUUGCCCAGAGGCCCAGGCCGCGUAACUCUUGGUCAAAAUUCUUACGGGCGCCUUAUGUUUUCGCGGGAUCAAAUUGCAUAGGUGUUACGGUUUGGGUUUGUUUUCAAUGAACCAAAUUUUGUCCAUUUUUUUCUAAAAGUUGCUUUUCCUUUGUACGGUUUUUCUUUUCUUCCUUUCGUCCCCGACGGGUUACCCAGGGUUUAUUGGCUCAAAAAAAAAGGCAAGUGGGAAAAAAGUCAUCGGGCAUUUUCUUUUUCAAAUUUUUUGUUAGGUCUCAUCAUGGUACACCAGUAUAUCUCGCGCGAGAAAUGAAAAAAAAUGCUGGUGAUUACGAUAUGAUUUAUUACGGGUUUCGCUUUGGGCUUUGGUUUCUCAUAUUUUUUUCUGUAUCCUUCUUUUCGUCCUGAUAUGGACCUUCUCCUGCUUCCCUACAUUUCAUUACUGGUGUGUGUUCGAGGGGUCACAUAGGAUGCGUAUGUGUGUAGCUUUGUUCGCCGAUUGAGGUUCUUUUUUUUUUGGCCGGCAUGUGUCUGGGGAAGCAGGAAAGCAAUGGAGAGGUGCAUCAGCCAGCCAGUUGUAAAUCACAAUUCUGUGAGCAUCAAAUCAUAAUUGCAUUUGGCGGGGAGA